AUGGCGUUGAAGUUCGAAACUAUGUAUCAAAAUCUAUACGACGAUCUCAACGAUCCAGGGUGUAUCCUGUACAGGACGCGCCUACUCAAGGACCUGAAGUCUGCGGCUCUCAAGCCCUUUAUGGCGGCUCAACCCAUCGGGGCAUCUGCAGAAUACUCGAAAGAUGGGUAUCUGUCCACGCUCGCCCUCGUCACAAAGAUUCUGGAGGGGUCGCCUGAAGCAAAGGGCAAAUGGGGAUGCCUAAUUGUCGAGUUCCCCGCCUCAGGAGGACGGAAAGGCGAUCGACCCGAUAGCCCAAACAGCCAAGAUGACUCGCUCCUCCAAAAGAUGUUCCAGCAGCAGACCAGCAAUAUCUACGCCUUUGACAUCGCGCCCCUCGCAAUGUCGUUGUUCGGCGAUCACAAUCUCCGUAUAUCCAACGGCAUCGACAUUCAGUCCGCUUUCCCCAAAAUCGUCGAUCGCAACCCGCUUAAAAUCAUUCACGAUAUCGUUGACAGCCGAUUUCGCGUCUUUGACGAGAACAUCAAAUCUGUAUUUCGUCACAGCAACGUUUCCGAUGACUCGGCAAACAUGCACAACGACCUUAUCCUCCGCGCGUGGAUCUCUAGGACGAUAGUUGAUAUUGAAUCGGCUUCUACCACAUUCGACAAGGUCCCCAAAGUCAACCUAGCUAAUUUCCCCGAUGCAACUCUCCAUUUUCUCAUGAAACGAGAGAAGGAUGCCCUCAGGCUCGAGCAGCAGAAGCCUUCCCAGACCAACCACCGUUUCCAAAACACAAGGGACGGUAAGGGUAACUACAUCGCUCGCGCGUCAACUUACAAGGGGAAAUUUCAACGCGGACAAGAAAUUGAAGUCACGAUUACGACUGGCUCUGGGGCGAACUACGUUCUGACUGGUACUACCGCGCGCGUCGACGGGCAGUCAGCAAGGAUGGUGACGGACGAGUCCCUGAAUAGCCGUAACAUCACGAACAUCGUUUCGGUUGGACGCGACGAACCAACCCUUGCCCAGCGCCAACGGGCGAAUACCUUGCUUCGAAUUCUCCAGGGCGAGGUCGGGCUAAUCGACAACAACCCGUGGAUUCAAAAUAUCUUCUUCUACAACGGCUCCGCGCUUGUCUGGCCUCCGGAUUGGCAUCCUCCUUCGAGCAAGCAAGCCCCAUCCAAUUGUAACCUGGACCGCUUAAAUUUGAAUCCGUCGCAAAAUACUGCCAUUCAAGCCAUGCUUUCGACAUCAUCGAAAGACCAUAUAGUCAUUAUACAGGGGCCACCUGGCACGGGCAAGACGAGUGUCAUCGCCAACUAUGUGAAGACUGCCAUCCAUUCUGGUUAUCGUGGAUUGUGGCUUGUUGCCCAGUCCAAUGUUGCAGUCAAGAAUAUCGCAGAGAAACUUAUCUCAUAUGAGUUCACCGAUUUCCGGCUACUUGUAUCCAGGGAAUUCCGAUAUGAAUGGCAUGAGCAUCUCUAUCAGAAGAUUCAACCACAUGUUAUACAGUCUGAUGAAUUCACAGAGUAUUUGGGGGUCCGCCUCAAGGGUGUUCAAGUCAUCUUAUGCACCCUUAGCAUGCUCUCAAACAAACAUAUCAGCAGAUUUACAUCAUCUGUACCGCUUCAGACCCUUGUGGUUGAUGAAGCAAGUCAGAUUGAAGUUGGGGAUUAUGUCUCUACUUUUGCCAAAUCCCUGGUUUGCGUAAAGUUUGUUUCAUUGGUGAUGACAAACAAUGAGGAGAUAGAGUCACUUCAAAGUAUCUUUGAAGUAAGCCAUCUACGUGAGAAGACAUAUCUAUUGGAUACACAAUACCGAAUGCCACCACAGGCAGGAGAUUUUAUCUCUGCGGCUGUUUAUGAUAAUCUACUGAAGUCCAACCCACUUCAUCCAAUAUCUGGUGAUACUUCAAGCUGUGCUUUCAUUCAUGUGGAUGGUCGGGAGAGUUUUUCCAAUAAAAGCUUUCAGAAUGAUGCAGAGAUGAAGCUGGUUUUAAAGCUGGCUUCUCAGCUUGAGGAGAAGAGACUAAGCUACAGAAUUGUUACACCUUAUGAGUCUCAGCGGAAUCUGAUAGAGACUAAAAUGCAAGAGAAUGAGAUGCAAUGGGAGGAUAAAUGCUUCAAUGUAGAUUCAUUUCAAGGCAAUGAGGACGAUUAUAUCAUCAUCUCACUGGUUCGUACCAGUGAGCUAGGCUUUCUCAAAAGCCUUCGACGUACAAAUGUCAUGCUUACUCGCUUCCGCCGCAAAAUGUAUAUUGUCACACUUAAGGAGUUCAUCAAGAAAGCAGGUGCUUCUUGCCUUGUUGGCAGGCUUGUUGAACAUAUGGGUGAGGAAGCUUGGUUGACUGAGAAAGAUGUGGAGUUGGGAAACAUUUAG